UGCUCAGGAGGCUCGGAAUUCCUGGCAUCCAGAGCCUGAGUCUGUGACGGCUGCUUUUCACCUUUCUAAGUGCGGAGGAGGAAGGAAGCCCCAGCUUACUCUGGGUGCCCCUCCAGCUGAGGACAUUAGGAGGAGGGAGACCCCUCGGAGUCCUACUGGCUCGGCAGCCUCCCAGCAAGUGCCUGGGGAGCCAGGGGAUGGACCCAAAUGCCAGCUUGCUUUCUCCUCCAUCCGGGGCCUGCUCCCACCUGGCAGAACCCCAUAUGGAAGGUGAGAGAAGCUCAUCCCUCCAAGAGCAGGGCAGGGACUCCCCUUUAGCCUGGAGCUGGGUCCCCAGCUCCAGCCUCGCUGAUCCUGACUUGUUUUGGGAUGAGCACAUCCAGGCAAAAAGGGCCAGAGUGGAGACCAUCGUCCAAGGCAUGUGCCUCUCCCCUAACCCUCCGAUGCCAGGCAAUUCCCGAGCCAGGGACAGCCUGUGCUGCCCAGAGAAGGCCCGGGAGCGGAAGAGGAAGCAGAACCUACCCAGGCAGCAAAGGCCUCUGAAACCAGGUCCUGCCGGGGGCCACAGCAGCAGGAAGGGGGGCCCUCGGGUGAGAGAACAGCUUCAUCUGCUGAAGCAACAGCUAAGACACCUGCAACAGCAUGUCCUGCAGGCUGCUGAGGCCAGGGACACAGCUCUGGGCUCCGGAGGCUCCGAGAAGGGGCAGGACCCUUUGAGUAUGAAGCAGAGGAAUGGCUACAGGCCCAGACCCUGGGGGAUGGACAGUGACCACCACCAGUGUUCCCACAGGGACCUCUCUGGGGCGGAAAAACACAGCGUGUCUGAGGUCACACACCAGUCUGAGGAACCCAGUUUCCUUCCUUCUGGAGCACGUGCUUUGCUAGAGAUUCUGCGGAAAGAAUUGGCUGGGGCAGUGUCCCAGGCCGUGGACUCAGUAUUACAAAGGGUGCUACUGGAUCCACCACGUCGCCUGACUCAGCUGGGCAGAAGCUUCCAGGAGCUGGUGCCAGAGGGUAGAAGCCAGCCCUCACCUCCUGAGGGAGGGGCCUGUAAAGAUCCACUUCCUCCGGCCGCCUUGCCCAGGAGCACACACCCACGGGCUGGGGUCCCACUGGGAAACUUCUCACUGGCCAAGCCUCUGGAUUCUCCUCGGUACCCUGUCUCUCCAAGAAUGAUCCCCAAGCCCUAUCAGGGUCCCCCAGAAAACUAUCCCUUGACUAUGCCUUCCCACACCCAGGAAAAUCUGAUUCUUAGCCAGCCGGUGGGUCAUGGGCCCCAAGGUCACUGGAGCGGCAGUCUCCCCCAGGACUCAUCUUCCCAAAGUCACUCCUCGUCAGAGGCUGCCCUACGACCCUGGGGAGCUGUCAAACUGCGACCGUCAGGUCUGAGCCAGCAGUGGCACCCUUUGCCCCUCACGCUCACCCAUCUGGAAAGUCUGCCCCUUCUUCCCUCAGUGAAGAUGGAACAGGGGGGCCUGCAGGCUGCCGCUCACAAACUUCCUUUCUCCUCAGUCCACAUCCAGGAGGGCCUAAAUUCGGGUCACCUGAGGAAGGCCAAACUAAUGUUUUUCUUCACACGCUAUCCCAGCUCCAACCUCCUGAAGGCUUAUUUCUCUGACGUUCAGUUCAACCGCUGCAUUACCUCCCAGAUGAUCAAGUGGUUCAGCAACUUUCGUGAGUUUUACUACAUUCAAAUGGAGAAAUUUGCCCGGCAAGCAAUUUCAGAUGAUGUCACAAAUCCCAAAAUGCUGGUGGUACUCCGUGACUCAGAACUUUUUCGAGCUCUCAAUAUGCACUACAACAAGGGAAAUGACUUUGAGGUCCCAGACUGCUUCUUGGAAAUUGCCAGCUUGACGUUACAGGAGUUCUUCAGGGCUGUCUCCGCAGGGAAAGACUCAGAUCCUUCCUGGAAGAAACCCAUUUAUAAAAUUAUUUCAAAACUGGACAGUGACAUCCCAGAGAUAUUCAAAUCUUCCAGCAACCCCCAAGGGCUGUUUCGGAAUUAAGAUCCCGCAAAGUGAGGAGGAGCAACUGGCCAGGAUUUCCUAGAUUUGUCUUAAAUGGCCAUCAGUAUAGCUGUAGUCAUAUAAAAAUGGCAUAAGGAGAAAACACCGAAAUAGGUAUUAUUACCAUUUCUGACCAUUUAUUUGCUUUUCCAGAAUCGCCAGUUAGUUUAACCUCAACUCUAACACAUAUCAACCUAGUGUAAUUGUGUGUUGGUAGCACACUGUAAAAGGCAUACAGUAGUUUGAAAUCAGAAGAUUUAAGUCUUUACUUCAUUGUUCCAUGUGUCAUGCCCCUGGGAAAUUGCAAGGACCUCUGCAUCUGUAAAAUGAGGUGGUAAGGAUUAAAGGAUGAUAUGUCCUAAAGCACUCUGUGAAAUGUUAUUCACUACACAAAUGUGUUUUUCCCCCCCUUAGCUUUCAGAUAAGGUUAUCUUAUUUGGGGUUUCUAGAAAUUGCUGGUUUUACUUUUCUUUUUAAUCCAACUUCAUUUGCUAGACACUUUCAAAUACAUUUUCUUUAAGCUUUUCAUCUUGACAAGCAGAUAUUCUCUUCACUUAAAAAGCACCCAUCACACAUAAGUUUUACAACUGUGCAGUAACUUGCUGAAGUAGAAGGCUAGGGGGUUUGGGUUGGUAGGGAUGCUGAGUAGUAACCAAGAGAACUCGAAGACCUUCUGGUGUCAGACUGCAUGCUGCCCACCUCACGCUGCCUCUUAUGAUUUUAAAAAACAGUCCACCAUCCCCAGUAUGCUGCUGGGAUACUGUC